CUAGGUUAUAUAUGCUCGGACAGUCUCCCAGUACAGAUGCAGACCAGCUGGCUUACACCAAAACUCGCCUUGAAGAUUUCCCUUGCAGUCAGACCUCUCAUUCUAGCAGCGGCAUCAUACUGCACAACAAGAUUCGAGUUUUCAGCGGAGAUGGCCCUGCCCGACAAUUCGAGUCUGGACAACAGAGAGGGGGAAACUAUGCCUGCAUCUGUGGUGUCCCUGCCAAGGAGCAUCAAAACAUCGAGUGCUGCCUCAGACAGAAACAAAUGUCGCUGGAUGAAAGAAGACUCAUGGUAAUAUCGGGCACGUUAUGGCAGAAGUUAAAGGAGGGCAUCAUUAAUCCUUUUGCCAAUCUAAAAAAGGAAGAGCUUGUUGACGAGUUAGAGGCAAGGGGGGUGGACACAUUUUUGAUGAAAAGAGCUGAACUGCAAGAACAGCUUAAUACCAUCUUGCAUGGAAUACAGAGGCCACCAGCCCUAAUGACAGAAGAUCCUAACUUGACUGGUAGUGAUAUUGGGAUUCCAGAUUACGAGAUACUAGGAUGCGAACCCCUCCUUGAUAUAACAAACGUUGUCCAGAACCUCAUAACAGAACUUCCACAUCACAUAGAAGACAAAAAUGUUAGACAGGAAUUCGAGAAAUUUUACAACACCACUAUUGGAGACAAAAAUCAAAUUAAAGGAUCAGAUGCAAGACUCUAUGCCUUCAAGUUGUCAAAAUUUACUGAAACAAAAUUCCAAGAAGGCAAAAUUGAAAAGAGCAUUUCAGACCUGGUUUCCUCCCUUGUAGAAAUCAUCAGAAUUUGUUACAGUCCCAGUCAGAUGCGAACAAAAGGAACAAUUCUUCGGCUUUACAAUCAAUGCUUCAUAUUUGCUGUGCUUCUCAAGAAUACCAUAGGAAUGCCAAAGAAGAUGAAAUCAAGGAAGUUUUAUGGAUCACAUUUUCACAGCUUGACAACUCAUGCACCAGAGGCUUACAGAAUUUUCUGUCUGAGAUCAGUUAUUCCAGAGCAGAAGGAGAGAGGAUUUGGGGAUCUCAGAAGAAUUUCUGAAAACACCAGCAACAGACAGUUGACCUACAUAAUCGACAAUGCUGUGAUGAGAUUCAAUGCUCAGCAGAACGACGACUAUAAAGAGGAUGCUUUGCUUGUCCAGGAAUCCGUUAUAAGUCAGCAAGCGAGACUGUUGCCACCUGCUUCAAAUAGCAUCAUUCCUGCUGACUGGCUUUGUGCAAGGCCUUCCUUAGUUCAAAGUCAUCUGGAGAGAGUUGCAUAUUUUCUGAUUGGUAAGGAUUGGUGGAGGAUUUCAGAUGAUGGCAUGGAGUUUUUUGAAUCGCCUUCAGGAAAAUCUGAUGACAACAUUCCCGAGGCCCAUUUCAGAUCUAGUUCCUUGCUGCAAGAAUACAACCGAGUCAAAGAUAUCUGGAUGACAGUCAUACAGAAGUUUCAAUCUGGACAUUUAAAACUACCAUUCAAUCGCCUGAAGAAGUUCGACAAGAAGGGCAGACUGGAGUUUUGCUAUCCUCCAGAAGGUCCAACUUCUACAGAUGGCAGCAACCAAUCAGAACCCUCAGACAGACAUUUCGUCAACUUGGAACCUACAAAUGGUAUAUAAAUACCAGAAUUUUUAUGACUUUUCCAAAAGAGAAAUAAUCUCACAAAAUCUGGCCUCAUUCUGAAACACCUAUAUGCACCUAUAACACAUCACCCAACCUCUGAAAUUCAUGUUAAUAUGCAAAAGAUUUAAAUAUUUCUUAUCAUAGCAAUAUUUUUAUUUUUCCCUA